UUUUACAUGUCUAUGACUUUGCCUCGCAUCUUUCGAGUGUGAUGGUCGCCUUUUUUUUUUGUUUUCGCGUGCACCGAAUACAGCUGGAUAUUGCUAGAUAUGUCAAAGAUGACAACGAUGGUGGCACUAUUCUCAGCCUGACAUCCAAUCCCGCUCGGAGAGUGUCGUGCGAUUGAAUUCGCGUGCAUUCCAAAAGGGUCGUUAUGAAUCAUUAAUCGUUAAGUUGUGAUUGUAAAAGCUGCUCGAACACACAACCGCGACAUGGCAUCUCGCAGAUGGUUUCACCCCAAUAUCACAGGUUUAGAAGCAGAACGUCUAUUAAUGGAAAGGGGAUAUGAUAGUUCAUUUUUAGCACGACCAAGUUCUUCAAAUCCUGGUGAUUUUACAUUAUCUGUCAGACGAAAUGGUGAAGUGACUCAUAUUAAAAUACAAAAUACGGGAGAUUUUUACGAUCUUUAUGGUGGUGAAAAAUUUGCUACGCUUUCUGAGUUGGUACAAUUUUAUAUGGAAAACGGUGGGCAAUUGCGUGAGAAAAAUGGCGAAAUUAUCGAGCUCAAAUAUCCUCUCAAUUGUGCCGAUCCUACAACUGAAAGGUGGUUUCAUGGUCAUUUGUCAGCGAAAGAGGCGGAACGGUUAAUGCUGGAAGGCGGGAAAAAUGGAUCUUUUUUGGUGCGCGAGUCUCAAAGUAAACCCGGCGAUUUUGUAUUGUCCGUACGCACCGACGAUCGCGUCACUCAUGUUAUGAUACGAUCUCAGGAUAACAAAUAUGAUGUAGGUGGUGGCCACAAAUUUGACAGUCUCAGUGAUUUAAUAGAACACUAUAAACGAAAUCCAAUGGUUGAAACAAGCGGGAGUGUUGUACAUCUUCGAUUUGAAGAUAAAUAUUCACCAACAAAUGUUAUUGUUUGUAGGCACCCAUUUAAUACAACACGUAUUAAUGCUAGUGAUAUCGAGAGUAGAGUCAAACAAUUACACAAAGAAAAUGGCUGUUCUAACGGCCGGCUGUGUUGGAAUGGAGCUGGAAAUAAUGAGGGUGAAGUAGGUCGUGGCAAAGGAAAAGCUGGCUUCUGGGAAGAAUUCGAAUCGCUGCAACAGCAGGAGUGUCGACAUUUAUUUUCGAGAAAGGAAGGUUUACGCCCAGAGAAUCGCGCAAAGAAUCGUUACAAGAACAUUUUACCCUUUGAUCAUACUAGGGUACGAUUAAAAGACGUAGAUCCAAACAUCCCUGGAGCUGAUUAUAUUAAUGCUAACUAUAUAAAGAACGAGGAAGGUGACCCCAUUAAUAGUGGCGGCGAUAUUAUGUCAUUUGGCAAAUGUUACAUAGCUACACAAGGUUGUCUUCUAAACACCAUACAGGAUUUUUGGCACAUGGUUUAUCAAGAGAAUACUCGUGUGAUUGUUAUGACCACAAAGGAAGUGGAGAGGGCAAAGAAUAAAUGCGCGCGUUACUGGCCGGAAGAAGGAGAAGUUGCUGAAUACGGUAAUGAGUGGAAAGUGUGCGCUAUAUCGCAAACCUCGACUGCUGAUUAUACUCUGCGUGAGUUUCUCCUACAAGGAACCAAACCGAACUUUUCUGAAUCUAGGAGAAUUUAUCAUUAUCAUUUUCAAGCAUGGCCUGAUCAUGGUGUUCCAUCAGAUCCUGGCUGUGUGCUGAAUUUUCUGCACGAUGUAAAUGCCAGACAAGAAUCGAUUGCUGCAUCUUUGGCUUCCAAUAAUCAGAAUGUGCCAUGCAUAGGACCCAUUCUUGUUCAUUGUAGUGCUGGAAUUGGCAGGACUGGCACAUUUAUUGUUAUCGACAUGAUUUUAGAUCAAAUUAAACGUCACGGGCUUCAUUGUGACAUUGACAUUCAACAUACGAUACAACGAGUACGCUCGCAAAGAUCAGGAAUGGUUCAGACAGAAGCACAAUAUAAAUUUGUUUAUCUCGCUGUUCUGCAUUAUAUCGAGACUGUAAUUCAGCGAAUGCAAGCAGAACAGAAAUCACUUCAGUUAGGCAGAGAAUAUACUAAUAUUCGUUACAAAAGCGAAACGAACGCUUCCGCGAAUUCUCUCAUGGGCGAGAGCUCCACUUCCACGUGUACACCGAAUACAACUCUUUCAACAUUGUCCACAUCUACCUAUAAUUUGAGGCCGAAGUAAUUUUCGUUAGGCUCUCAAUCUGUUUUACAUAUAUCUGGGAAAGCAAAGAAGAGGCUUUGUUACUUCCUCUUAUUUUCUUUCUUUCUCUCAUUCUUUCUUCUUUAUUUUUCUGUUACUAGAUGAUGUUACAAGAAGAAUUGUAAUGCGAUAUGAUGACGUAUCCUGUUUACUAAAGUUUAUUCGCCAACGAGAAUUCACUUUCGCCUUUAUUAUUAAAUAUACUUUUUAUCAAAACAUAAAACUCUGAUGAUGCAUUUUUUAAACAAUCGGAUUGUAUCCAUAUAUAUGUAUAUGUAAAUACACACACACACACAGAGACACAUACACACAUACAUAUAUAUAUAUGUUAAAAGGAAAAGCUAUAAUUCAACGAUUUACAGUGUUACUUUUAUGAAUGGAUAAUGGAUUACUGAAAACGCACUAAAGA